UAGGCUUUAACAACUUGUACAUACAACUCCAAAGCCCAUUUUUGUCUUAUGAUGGCUUUAAUAUAUAGUUAAUUCUUUAUACAAUUCUCGAAUGACAGCCUGAAAAAGUUUGGCAUACAGUUUAAUACACGAAAACUCGAGUACUAUUUGUAUAAAAUACGAUUCCGAUUCUAUCACCCCCAAAGCAAUUAUCAAAAGCAUAGGUUCUUCAAAUUAAAGUUGUUUAAUAGUAAGCCGCCGAUGGAACCUAAGCAGUCAAAUUAUAUUCCCCCAAUUUCUUCUCAAAUUCCACUUAUGUAUGUGAAUUAAAGUAUGAAAAAUUCCUUUUUCUAUUAGAAAAAGCAACCCACAAUCCGAAUCCCAAUCUACCCCUCCUCAAAUCCCUCCGAUUCCCUUAAAACCUUCCAAAUUUUCUCCAAUUCCAGAGGCCGAAAGUGAGAACAGGUUUCUGGGUUUUUGAAGAUGGAGGCAUACCGAAGAGGGUUUUGAAAGAUUUCCCAAACCCAAUCAAAAAGUUCAAUCUUUUCGUUAGAUUUUUUGUGGGUUUUGUGCGGAUGGAAGUUUGUUAUGAUGGGUUUGUUUCAAUUUUGAGAAUUUUACGGAAAUUCAAUUGAAGAUCGUUCAUUUGGGAUUUUCGUAUGCUCUACAGUGAGAAAAGUUUCGAAUUUUCACGUUUCGACUAGAUUUUGACGAUUGAAUUUUCUUCGGUUGACACAAGAACACGAUGUUGUGUCGGAUGAUUCCUAGAAAAAAGAAAACAGGGACUGUUCCUGUAUAUUUAAACGUAUACGAUCUCACUCCCAUCAAUGGUUACGCUUAUUGGGUUGGCCUUGGUGUUUAUCAUUCUGGUGUUCAAGUUCAUGGUAUAGAAUAUGCAUUUGGGGCACAUGAACAUUCGACAACGGGUAUAUUUGAAGUGGAACCAAGAAAAUGCCCUGGAUUUACAUUUAGGAAAUCGAUCUUGAUUGGAAGAACAGAUUUUGGUCCACGAGAGGUUCGUGGAUUUAUUGAAAAAUUGGCAGGAGAAUAUUCGGGAAAUAGUUAUAAUUUGAUUACAAGAAAUUGUAAUCACUUUUGCAAUGAUAUGUGUUUAAGGUUGACCAAAAGGCCGAUUCCUAGUUGGGUCAAUAGACUAGCUCGACUUGGUUUUCUUUGCAAUUGUGUUCUUCCUGCUGGUUUAAACGAGACAAAAGUGAGACAAAUUAGAGCCGAAGAUGGUUCUAAUAACGAGAAGAAGCUAAGAAGCCAAUCAAGCAGAUACACGUCAGCAUCUAAACCUGAACCACAAUUAUCUUCUCGUUCUUCAAGUUCAUCAACAAGAAAAAGUCAAUCUACGGGAACAAAAUCAAAGACUUUAUUUAAUCAGAAAGUUAAUGCAUUAUUAUUAUAA